CGCGCUUGGAGUGUGUUACAUACAACAUGAACGUGCGUAUUCCCUGGGUAGGUGGGAGUGCUUUUCUUAUUCUGGAGUACUGGGUUUGCGUCCCUUUUUAUUAACUCCCACUCGAAAAAAAAUUCUCAUAGACUGCUGAAGAUAAGGAAUGAAGGUAUUCUGUGGUGUGACCGCAGUUUCAACAGUCGAGAGUGGCUUCAUUUUAAUAAACAGAGAUGAGUUUUCUUUUCCCGAUUUUUUUUUUUUUUGGAUUUUGCCAGGCACCUCGUGACCGCAUUAAACAGAAAAUAGAUUUAAAAGAUUAUAUUUAUCUGUUGCUUGGUGAGUGCUGUUAGCCCGGAGAAGUGUGCGAACGUAACUGCUACUUUAUUUUCAACGCAGUGGGAAAAGGUUUCACAGCCGGACCAUCUCGUACAGAGUCGGGGACACCGCACGCUGAUAUGGGAGCUCUCCACUUCAUCGCGUGAGCCUUUCUCAGAGCUGUGACAAUCUCCUCUUGCUCUCUGCCCUUGUGAUUUUGUAAUCUGACUGUUGGAUAUGUAGACCGGGGGUCGGAAGAGUAACGUCGGCUCCUUACGAAGUCCUACGAGUGAGUCAGACUGAGGAAGAACUGGAAACCAAAUCACAUUGUGUUAAAAAGCAUUUAACAAAUUAAUAACUCUCUAUGAAUACUAUUGACAAAGGAGGAGCAACAAAAGUUACUAUGAAGUUGAAAACUUUUGAAGAUCAAGGUGUGCUUUAUCACUUUGAGAUAGGCUGGAAUUUGUUGUCACAACCCUGAAAAAAGGGAAAAAAAAAGUCUAGUAAGCCGCUUGCUCCUGUGGUGUGUGUGCAACAUGGAGGGAGGAUCUGGAGCCGCUCUUCCCAGUGCCUAUGCAGCUGCUGUCACAGCGGGGAUACUGGGAACCAGAGUCCAUGCUGAUGAGGCUGAGAGAAUGAAGUCCUGUUCACACCUGGAAGCUGCUGAUAUUGUUACAGAUUUACAGAGAAGCAUUCAUCCGCGGGAGAGGCCUGAUUGGGAGGAGACCCUGUGUGCCAUGGCACGAAGUGCAGAUAUUCCAGAGCUUACAGUGGAGUUACCUCUUCGAUCUUGUGGCAGCACAGCCAGUAUGAAAAUGAAGAAUGUGAAGAAAUUAUCUUUUGCAAAGGGACACUUUCCAAAACUGGCAGAAUGUGCUCACUUCCACUAUGAAAAUGUUGAUUUUGGAAGCAUCCAGCUCUCUCUCCCAGAGGAACAGAAUGAAUUAACAAGAAAUGGCUGUGAAUCAAGGGAGCUUGUUUACCUUGUCCAGAUCUCUUGCCAGGGCAGAAUUUGGAUUGUAAAUAGGAGUUAUGAAGAUUUCCGUGUGCUUGACAAGCACCUACAUCUAUGCAUAUAUGAUCGUCGCUUCUCCCAGCUCCCAGAAUUGCCCCGGUCUGACUCCUUGAAGGAUUCCCAUGAGGUUAUUACCCAGAUGCUGAUGGCCUAUUUGUCCCGGCUAUCUGCUAUUGCAGAUAACAAAAUUAAUUGUGGGCCUGCUCUUACAUGGAUGGAGAUUGAUAAUAAAGGGAACCACCUUCUGGUGCAUGAGGAAUCUUCCAUUAAUGUCCCUGCCAUUGCAGCAGCUCAUGUCAUUAAACGAUACAUUGCACAGGCAGCAGACGAAUUGUCAUUUGAGGUGGGAGAUAUUGUCUCAGUUAUCGAUAUGCCACCAAAGGAAGAUACCACAUGGUGGAGAGGCAAGCAUGGAUUUCAGGUGGGCUUCUUUCCUAGCGAGUGUGUUGAGCUGAUUAAUGACAAAGUACCUCAGUCUGUCACUAACUCCAUGCCAAAACCAGUGUCAAAGAAGCACGGCAAGCUUAUUACAUUCCUUCGCUCCUUCAUGAAGUCACGCCCUACAAAACAGAAGCUGAAACAGCGUGGAAUCCUGAAGGAAAGGGUGUUUGGUUGUGACUUGGGAGAGCACCUUCUUAACUCUGCCUAUGAUGUCCCUCAAGUCCUUAAGAGCUGCACUGAAUUCAUUGAAAAAUUUGGCAUUGUGGAUGGGAUAUAUCGCCUCUCUGGGAUUGCCUCCAACAUACAGAAACUUCGCCAUGAAUUUGACUCGGAGCAAAUCCCUGACCUAACAAAAGAUGUUUACCUCCAGGACAUUCACUGUGUUGGUUCACUUUGCAAGUUGUAUUUCCGAGAGCUACCAAACCCCUUACUUACAUAUCAGCUGUAUGAAAAAUUCUCAGAUGCUGUCUCUGCUGCUACAGAUGACGAACGUUUAGUUAAAAUUCAUGAUGUCAUCCAACAACUACCUCCACCUCACUACAGGACACUUGAAUUCCUGAUGAGGCAUCUAGCACACCUGGCUACCUUCAGCUAUGUCACUAACAUGCAUACAAAGAACCUGGCCAUUGUAUGGGCACCUAAUCUACUCAGGUCUAGGCAAAUUGAGUCUGCAUGCUUCAGUGGCACAGCUGCAUUCAUGGAGGUACGGAUCCAGUCUGUUGUGGUGGAGUUCAUUUUGAACCAUGUAGAUGUCCUGUUCAGCCAAAAGCUUAGUUCUGUGAUAAGGGAUGGAGCAGGUCACAGCUCUCUCUCUAGACCCAAGUCCCUUCUGGUUUGCUCUCCAUCAACAAAGUUGCUGUCUUUGGAGGAAGCCCAGGCACGGACCCAAGCACAAAUCAGUUCCCCAAUGACUACAGACAGUAAAUACAUAGAGGUUGGAGAAGGGCCUGCUGCACUACAAGGAAGGUUCCAUACGAUCAUUGACUUCCCUCCUGAGAGGAAACGUCCCCAAAACAAGAUGAAGAAAUCUCCAGUUGGUAGUUGGCGAUCCUUCUUUAACUUGGGAAAAUCUUCAUCAGUCAACAAGCGGAAAUUGCAGCGCAAUCCCAGUGAGCCAUCCGAAAUGAAGACCAUAGCACUUCCAGGCGGCAGAGGUGAUACUGGAACCCUUCGUUCUGCAAAAAGUGAAGAGUCACUUACAUCUCUGCAAAACAUUGAUGGAGAGACAAGAUUAUAUCGGCCUAGGAGGCCUAGAUCCAGUAGUGAUGCCCUCUCUGUUGCAUUUAAUGGACAGCUACUCGAAAAUAUGAACCACUGCAACUCAUAUGACAACCUUCCACACAAUGAAAGCGAUGUAGAUGAAGGGUUGAUGCAUGUUCCUGCUCUUAUGUCACCCAGGUCUGAAGAGGAAGACCUCAGCCCUCCAGACAUUGGAGCAACAAGCCUGGACUUUGAUCCUAUGUCUUUUCAGUGCAGCCCACCACAUGCAGAGCCCGAACAUAUAGAUACCAGCACUUCCCAGUUAGACUCACUUGCCAGCAGUAAAGACAUCCAUUUUGGGGCCAAAAGAGAUAUGGAAUCUGGUAGUCAGUCUCAUACUCCAGAUAGUGCAACAAGCUCUGAGCCCAUUUCACCAGUGCAGAAGAUGAUAAGCCCUUUUUUUUCUCCAGAUCUAAGCCCUUCAGAAGAAAAACAACCAAAAGUGACAACAUUUGCAGAGAAAGUUGUGCAUGCAUUCUCACCAAAACUAACUCGAAAAGGUACAAAAUCUCCACCACUUAAUAUUUCUGAGCCUGUGCCUAUUUCUCUUCCUACCCGGAUAUCUGAGAUGUUAGGAGGAAUGUCCACAACCACCUUCCCACCUUCUUCUGUUAAGGAGCUGCCAGGUGAUGUUGAAAAUACUGACAAACUGUCAUCUCAGAUGAUGUCCCUACUUCUGAAAACAAAUGAGAUGAAACUUAGUGAUGACUUUCACCAGGAGAUGAAGAACAAUGUUUUUUCUGCUGAGACAGAUGUCAGAGAACAAACUGCUGAUCGGACCAUUCCAUCUAGUCUCAACAAAGAUGUACACCAUGUACCAGCACAACCAGGUGCUGUAAUAAUGGACCACACUCAGGAGCCACUUACAGUCAGCUGUAUUCCUCUUCUUCCUCCCCCUCCUCCUCCUAAAAAUGCAGCACGGUUGCUGGCCUUGGCUUUGGCUGAAAGUGCACAGCAAGCUGCCGUUUGUUCACAGAGAAGACAGUUAAGCCAGUAUCAAGACUCCAACUUCUGCCAGUCUGAAUACAGUGAGGAGAAAGCAGUAGUGCUAGACUGGCAGUAUCCCUCAACAAGCUCUGUUGCAGAAAGAAACAUUCCAAUCAUCACACCACAUGUGGCAGCUACUCAGAACACACCACCAAUAAGUUCUUUGGCUAUUCACAACAGUGAUGACCACCAGAGCACAGCAACCAGUUAUUUGAUGAGUAGUCAGUGUACUCCAGUUGACAGCAGGAACCCAUCAAGUGCUAGUCUUAUGACAACCAGCCAGCACGUCACAGUGCUUAAUCAAGGUCUAAUGCCUAUCAAUCAGAAGACAGACAGUCAUCAUACACACCGCACUAUAUCCAGUACUGUAACCCCAAACAAUGUUACAGCUAUGCAGUGCACCACUCAGGUAACAACUGGUACUGUGCUUGCUAGUCAAGUAGUAUCCAGCCAGCACACCACUCUACCAACUCCCAACAUCAUGGUUACCAGCCUUGCGGCAUCCAGCCAGCAUGCCACUCUGCCUGUUUCAGUCUCCUUGGAUAUGAGCCAUAGAACAUCCAGCCAGCAUACUACUAUGCCUGUACUCAACACCAUAACUACCAGCCAUGCAGCAUCCAGCCAGAACACCACUCUGCCUUCUCCCAUCUCUGUGGUUACCAGUCAUGUAGCAUCCAGUCAUCUCACUACUUUAACUACAUUCAGCACCAUAGCUACCAGCCAGCCAGCAUCUGUCCAGCACAGCACUCUGCCUACUGUCAGCACCAUGGCAAAUAACCAUGCAUCAGUCAGCCAGUACAUCAGCAUGGCUACCAGUCAUGAAACGUCAAGCAUCCAAAGCAUUCUGCAUUCGCCUUGUACAGUGGCUUCCAGCAGUGCAGCGUCCAGCCAGCAAGUCAUUCUGCCUUCUACCAGUACUUUGGAUAGCAGUCAUGCAACAUCAGUCCAGCACAGCAAUUUGCCUUUUCCUAGUACCUUGGCUACCAGCACUGCAACAUCAGGCCUACUCUUGCACAACAUUCUUCCUUCUGUGAUUCCCAGUCAUUUGACAACCAUCCAUUCUGCACCUGCUUCAAAUGCAUUUAGCAGUGUGGCAGCCAGCUAUCACUCACUCCUCCCUAUCUCCACUACAGUAGCUACCAGCAGUGUGACAACUAUUCAUCAUGCACCGCUACCUACUCCUAGUUCAGCUGCUACUAACCAUGUGGCAGCUAGCCAAGUAGCAAAGGUUCACUGGUCAGCAGAAGUACAGCAGCCUGUCAUGGGACAAGUUCCAGCUUCAAGUACAGAUGAACCUAGCAUUUCUAAACAGGUGCGAGGAGGAUUACCCUCUCAGAUUACAGAACGACACUGUGAACCCAGGAUGGCUGAAUCUGAAGCAGCUCCAGUUUUUCCUUCUAAUUUGUCUUACAGUGGCUCUACUUGUACAGCUUUGACAACAUCAGCAGGCCAUACUGGGCACCAGGAGAAACCAAGAGACAUCAAACCUCCAGUUUCACAGCCUUGGACAGAGUCUGUGCCCCUUCCCCAUUGCUACAGCUCUACACCACCAGUUCCUCCCAUCCGUUCACUUGAGAGUAAACUUGCUGCUGCUGCACAUUCCAGUCAGGAUGCCAUUUGUGCUUUUAACUACCAUUCUUUGCACAGUGCUACUCCUCCUAUGCCUCAGUGUCCUGAUGAAGCAUUUACUCCACAACCACCACCGCUGCCUAAGCACCCAUCUCUUCAACCAGCAUAUAUCAAUCAUUCCAAACUAGAAGGCAUGCCAACUCCUAGUGCACCAGAAAAUUUUGUCCACAAAAAGCAAGUUGCUCUCCCUCCACCUGCACCAUUUCAUUGCAAGCCAGAAAGUGAGACGCAUGUUUUAUACCAUAGCAAGUCAGACCAGCAUCAACUCUACGCAUCCAGAUCUGAGAACAGCCCUUCAAUGGCCAUCAGAUUUAACACAUUUAGCACUCAGCCCAGAACGCUUUCAUUGCACCUCUCUAAGCCUCGCCAUUCCAGAACAGAUUACCCAUUUAGUGGUAAUUCUAAUUUACGAACUUCUGGCUAUUCCCAGUUGGAGAGUCCAGCAUACCCUACUAUUAGACGAGUGCACUCACUUCAUGCAACUCCUUCGUCAGUCCGCUCAGUUCCAAUCUCGCGUACAGAGGUACCACCCGAUGAUGAUAAUUUCUAUUAUUCACGAACACCUUUUCAGUAUAAAGGCCAUCAGACCACUCUUCCACAAUCUGAUUAUCAUGUGACACAGUUACAACCUUAUUUUGAGAAUGGUCGUGUUCAUUACCGGUACAGUCCUUAUUCCAGUCCGGGCUCUUCCUACCUUUCUUCUGAUGGAGGCUUUUAUAAUGUGGAUCCAUAUGGAACAGUGCGACUCAGGCAGUUUCACUCCUUUAAUGCUCGAGAUGUUUCACCUUACAUCAACAGAUUUCAGAUGAAAAAUUCACACCCUGCUAUUCCAGCAUAUCUACGUGGAGGCACCCUUGGGCAUCCACUAGGAAAGGAGCACAGUUUUGUCAGUCGGGAUGUACCACCAUCUGAUGUCAAGCAACUGUACAUGCCUUGGGAUCCAGAAGAGAGAGAGAAAUAUCGCAUGCAGUCAAUAAAGCGAGAAAUACGCACUAGACAAAAGGUAAAAGGGCCAGUGAUGUCACAGUAUGAUAAUGUCGUUCCUGUUCUUCAGGGAGAAAUGGGAGGGCUUGAAGUCAUACAUCUUCGUAGUAAAUCAGAUCCUGGAAAAAUUGGCUUACAGGUGUCUGGGGAGGGGAGAGAAGGAAAGUAUUUGGCAGCACUAAAAAUGCCUGAUGGAGAGGACCAUUAUUAUCGCCAGUCUCCAGAAAUGGAAAUAGACCGAUCACAGUAUGCUAAUGUACAUGGAGAGGGACAAAUUGACAAACCAACCCUUCCUCAGAAGCAAACCAGUAAUAGGAGCAGGAAGCAGCAGGAUUUAAACUAUGAUUCUUCUGAACACAGAACCCACAUAACACAGAUAAGCCAAAGGCAACUCCCAGAAUCAAAAAAUGGUCCACCUUACUAUGUAGUGACCAAUCCGAUACUUGAAUAUAAUUCAAAAAAUUGGCAAGAACUUCCAGAGCCAAAAGGCUAUCAAGGUGCCCCUGGUAAGUACCAAGUAACUGUGCAAGAUUCUGCAAGAGGGAACAGAGAAUUGAGGGCCCAUGAGUUGGACAGGGCAACAUGGGUCCGACAGGCAACUGGAAAUGAAAUCCCCUCCAGAGACGACUACAAAGAGGCAGAACUGUUUGUUCCAUCCAUACCUCCUCCAAAACCUGAAAGGGGUAGCAGUCUUCGUGUUCAGCACCACCCAGAUACCCCAGAAAGGGACCAAGGCUCUCAGCUUACAUACCAAACCUAUGGUAAUCGACACAGUACAAUGACUGUAGUAUCUCAGUAUGACAAUGUUGAGGACUACCAUGCUAUGCCUCAGCAUCAGAGAGCUAACUUUGUUGGCAGUACUGGUGUUUUCACAGCUUCAAGCCUUCCUCACCCACACAGCAGGGCAUUCACCACUGCUUUGGGGCAAGGGACUUUCCUUUCCACAGAUCUAUCUUUACAAAGACCUGAGGCAGAGAUUCGUACAGACUGAGCAGUACAGGACAAACAGAUAGUAGCUGAUGCAGCCUCUGCUGGCCAGUGGACUGUUUUAUUUUUUCAAGAAAAACUUAGAAACUGUUUUUAUUGUUAUAAAUGUAACUUUUCUUUCAUUGAAAAAACAGCUCUGAAUGAUCAUUUACUUGUGCAAGAAUAUCAAAAGAAGUUGCUUUAAUGAAAGAAAUGAGAAGGUGGUGGUAAAAAGCAUAGAAGCCCUACAGUGAAGGGUUCAAGUAUGAAAUAAUUUUUUGUGAUUAUGACUAGUUUUUACCACAUGAUUUUUGAGUGCCUGUUCCGCAAGUGUUGUAUGGCCCUUUUGAUGAUCUGCACGUCUUUCUCGAAUUGAGUUAUCAAUGGCUACCCUCAAAAAACAUUUAGGGAUUAAGUAAAAACUUUGAUUAUAUCUUUUAGAACAAUGAAUAGUGCAGUCAGGGCAGGUAUGAAUGUUCCCUUCGUGCCAAAGUAAGUUAGGCAACAUUAGUGAAAUAAAUCCAUUGAUUGUGCUCAUCUCCUAUAGUUCAGACUCCAUGCCAUUCCUGUUAAAGGAGACUUCAAUUAUAGAUUAACAAUUUUUUUUCCUUAAGUAGUCUAUUAGGUGUGCCUGUGCCUGCCCCCUCCAUUUACAUGCUGGCAUCACUGUUGAAAAGCGUCAUUAAGAUAUUUUAUUUUCCAUGUUUAGUUUUGUUUAGCCAAGUGUCUUGCUAUGCUGUGCGUGACUUCCUGAUGUGCUGUUCUGUGCAGAACAGCAUGGAUGCCACACUUCAUACUAGAUGUAAUUGUAACCUUUCAGAAAAAUAGAAAAAUGUCUGGUAGACCCCCCACCCCCCACCACCACCACACACACAUGUUUCCAUUUGUACAAAAUGUAUUUUUUUUAUUUUUCCCUUAGUGUUGAAUAACAGCAGUGAGGCAGAAGGUAUCCUGCGAAGUUGUACAAUGUAUCGUGCAAAAAAAAGAAAACAAUGAAGUUAAUAGUUUCUCCAAAAGUGUAAGCAAAUAUCAGUCAGCAGUAUUAGUGGCCUGCAUUUGUGAACAGAUUUGAAUAGCUUAGAGGCUAGACCAAGUGUCUAACAGGUCCCCCCCCUCCCCCGGUACCACUAUCUGACCACCUAGCAGAGGUUAAAAGUAUGGAUUGAAGAAUGCAGGUAAAUUAGCAUACAGAGGUAUGCAGCAUAUGUAUAGUGGUAAGGUCCUGUGCUAUGCCUUUUCAGAAAACAAGAGCAGAAUUUGGGGGUGCCUUGUUCUUGGUCAUUAGCAGUGUCCAGGACGUUGGUCACAUUUAAAAGUUUCCACCUCAUAGUGUUUACCAUACCACUUUACCAAAGAAGGAUCCUUGUUCUGUGUAGGGUGGUUGUCUGAGAGUAUAUUAAGUUAAAUAGUUGUAAGAGAUAUAAGGAUGGUGCUCUGGUCAGGAGUGGCCCGCUGUAAUCUCAAUGAAAGGAUCCAUCUAAGUGUACUGUAUUAAAACUGCCAUUUAAUGGAUGUAAAACAAUUUAUGUUUUAAAAAUUUGUGCUAAGAGUUCUGCUUUUAACAAGACCUUCAAUGUCAUAAACCCCUGAUGAUAACAUUUUACAUAACAGCAAUGUGAGUGAAAAACUUUUAAGCCAAGUUUGUCAAGGACAAAUGUUUGAAUAGGUGAACGUCUGUGCCCUGGGGUGGUAUUAACAGUUGGAGAGAGGGCAGCAUUCUAUAUAAUUUAACAUAACUGUAUUUCAGCAGGUGUAGCUUCCAAGUUACUAAUCCAGCAUAUUAUUUCAAAACUGUACUAAUGCUGACUUUUUCACUUACUGUCUUUAAGCAAUUAAGCACAACUAGACAAAGGUGACCAUACCUCAUGCAUUGGUGUUAUAAAGCCUAAAUGAGUGACUCGCUAAGUAGUAUGUGAGGACAUAACCUGUAAGCCACACUGUGGGUGUCCAGAUCCAGUUUUAAGUUUAAAAUGUGAUGAAAAUAUUUUGAGCAUUACCUCACGGUCUCCAGCUCACACUAGACAGCGCACAACUCUAAUUUUUUUUGUCAUUACGUCUCUGCUUCUGGAUCAGCUAUGAUUCAGUGGUAUAUUGCACUGUUUUGCUGCAGUUACUGUACUUUGAAUGAGUCUACUUUAAGAGUAUACCAAGAAUCCAAUGGGCUUAGUCAUCUGACAAGACAUUUUUAAUCACAUGGAUCUGUUUUUGCUAAGGCAGUUAAGUUUAACAGAAGUAUUACAUGUUAAGAUUGUGUGGAUUAUAUUUAGUAUGGUUUAGGCAUUUUUGUCAUAUUUUACUGCAGAAAUUGCCUUUGUUUUAUGUAGUAUUACAGAGAAAACUGAUACAUGGAUCUAACCCAUCAAGGCAACUCUACAUAUUAAUUUGUACAUCUGAUAAUUAAGGAAGACUCACUUUGAGAAAGAUCAAGAACCUGCAGCUAAAGCAAAGUAAUCAUUGCUUUAUACAGAUGUAUUCUGUUAGACCUUAAGUAAAUGACACUGCUGUUUCUUUGUUUCAGAAUGAAAACACCAAAUGGUACAGUGUGAUUAAAAAUUUCAAACUUGCACAGUUUAGAAUUCAGGUAAAAUACGUCUGUCAGCUGAAACAUUGCACAUUUAUGUUACCAAGAUUAGGCAGUUCCUUUCCUUUAACCACUGCAGUUAUGAUAAUUGCAUAUGAACAUGUUUAAAUAAGUCUGCUGGAAAUGAAGGUGUGUGUAACUAUAGUUGUGUAUGUCAUUGGUGUUUAGCUGGGUAAGGUUCCCUGUUGUAAUUCUGAUCCCCUGGAUUAUGAACAUAUAUCAGAACAGUGAAUGUCAGACAUCAGUAUUCUCCUGUAAAGUUGAUUUUUAUAGGGGGCAUGUCCUGUGCCCCCUGCUUUAUACCUUGUAGAAUUGAAUAUUCCCAGAAACUGCAGUCUUGGACUUAGUGUGUCUAAAUUCUGCGUUUUGGUUCAUAGGUUCUUGGUUGGUACUAGGCUAUCAGCCCUAGGGCCUAUACAAGCCUAGCCAUAACAAUUCCCUGGCUA